AAUAAUAAUAAAAUGAAAAAUGAAAUUGUACAUUCAAUCUUCUAUUCCUCCUGAUUGGAAAAGCAAUCUCUUUAUUUACAUACUCUUGGCAGGUUCGACUCCAGCGAGCACCGCCUCAAUGAUUUCAACGGAAACGGAUGCAAUACUACCCACAACCACAGAUCUGGCUACAAACUCCACUGAGAAAUCGCUAGAAACAGUUACCUUACCUGAAACAUCGACCAUUGAAGGGGAAACUAUAUUUGAAACAGUGACGCUUCCUGAAACAUCGACCAUUGAAGGGGAAACUAUAUUUGAAACAGUGACGCUUCCUGAAACAUCGACCGUUGAAGGGGAAACUAUAUUUGAAACAGUGACGCUUCCUGAAACAUCGACCGUUGAAGGGGAAACUGUCUUUGAAACAGUGACGCUUCCGGAAACAUCGACCAUUGAAGGGGAAACUGUCUUUGAAACAGUGACGCUUCCUGAAACAUCGACCAUUGAAGGAGAAACUGUCUUUGAAACAGUGACGCUUCCUGAAACAUCGACCGUUGAAGGAGAAACUCUCUUUGAAACAGUGACGCUUCUUGAAGCAUCAACCACUGACGCAGAUAUUUUCUUUGAAACAGUAACGGUUCCUGAAUCCACUCGUUCUCCAGGAACACCUACAAUGCCCCCAUCUUCACCAACAGCACCUGCAGCAACAACUGUUUUGACAGAACUGGAACAAAGGAAGAAACAACUGGAAGAGGAGGUGAAACAGCUUCGAUCUGCAAUUGCUGCCAACAACGCAACCGCCAGUGCUCUUGCAGAAACGGAAGCAGCGUUGCAGCGAGUCAUUGAUGCCAUAAGUAAUAGUGGGAGGCACAAGAGGAGAAGACGAUCCCCUACUUAUGCUGUCAACCAAGGUGACGACACUGUGACAGUCGAUCCAUAUUGUGAGGUAAAUGAGGACAAUGCCUUAACUGGGGACCCGACAGAUCUGCUUCUUACAAUGAUCAAUGAUCUCUCCACCAAGCUAUCCAACCUCACAACCGACCAAAUCACCUGUUUCAAUGAACUCAUUGGUCAUUUUGCCACACUCAUAGAGAAUGGAACCUUCGUCAUCGAUUCUAGUGUAGUCGCCAAUAUUACAGCCGCUGCAGAGGCAGCAAGUAGCGCCGUAGGAGAACAGGUAGAGUCUUUAGAGACCCUCAUUUCGAAUCUACAGGCGCAGGUAGAGGAAAAAAUUGCCGCACUCAAUGAACUGGAGAGUGAUCCUACGUCUACAGCAGCUUCGACAGAGACCGAUACUAUCUCUGAGACUUCAACUAUCGUAACAGAAACUGUUUUUGAAACAAUUACGUUACCUGAAACAACGACCAUUGAAACAGAAAUUGAAACAUCGACUAUAAUUUUGCCUGAAACAUCGACACUUGAGACAGAGACUGCUUUUGAAACAAUUACCUUACCUGAAACAUCGACAAUAAUUUUGCCUGAAACAUCGACAAUAAUUUUACCUGAAACAUCGACAAUUGAAACAGAAACUAUUUUUGAAACUGUUACCGUACCUGAAACAUCGACAAUAAUUUUGCCUGAAACAUCGACAAUUGAAACAGAAACUGUUUUUGAAACUGUUACCGUACCUGAAACAUCGACAAUAAUUUUACCUGAAACAUCGACAAUUGAAACAGAAACUAUUUUUGAAACUGUUACCGUACCUGAAACAUCGACAAUAAUUUUACCUGAAACAUCGACAGUUGAAACAGAAACUAUUUUUGAAACUGUUACGUUACCCGAAACAACGACCAUUGAAACUGAAACUGUUUUUGAAACAAUUACCUUGCCUGAAACAUCGACUUCUAAAAUAGAAUAUGAAACUUCUGAAACACCUGAAACACAAACUGCUCUCGAAACAGUUAUCCAGCCUGAAACACCGACCCCUGAGCCGCCUGGUCCCGCACCUACCACAGAAGAGAGCAGCGACCGCGAGACCGAGCUUCGGAACCAGAUCGCAGAGCUGAGUCAGAGAACAGGUAACCUUGAAGACGCAGACGAGUCUCUCAGCGAUUUCAACACCGCCGUUGCAAAUACAAGAAAGCGCCGUUCUGCUUCGUUUGCCAUCAGUGAGGACGGUCAGGAUAUCACUAUCGACCCUUACUGCGGCGUCAAUAGCGAGGACAGCCUGGCUGGCAAUACGUCAUCUGUGCUUUUGGCAGUGCUGACUGAUCUUUCAGAAGAGGUGUCCAAUCUCACGACAGACCAGAUCAGCUGCUUCAGUCAACUCUUUGAAAAAUUCACUGCAUUCAUAGAGAAUGGGACUAUCACCAUCGACCCUCUGUUUAAGAGUAGUAUUAUUAAUGCUGUAAAUGCUGCACGUGAAGCUGUGGGAGAAGAGCUUUCCGACGUUCAGGCUCUCUUAGCUGACCUGCAGGAAGAACUAGACGCUCUGACUGGGGGAACAACAACCUGGAAACAACGAAUAGUCAUAUUUUUACAAGUCAGUCAGAUGUAG